AGGGGUGAUCCAUUCGAAGUUGAGCCAUUUCCAAAGACAUUUUAUUACCCUUCACAACAAAGAGAGUUGUCCGAAGGCCAGAGAAAGGUAUUGCCCUCGCCAUUAUUCCAUGUUCAUCUUGCAUUGCAUGGCUUGAGUCGAGGUUCUCGAUCGUUCGCGUUUGCGCUAAAUUGAAGAAAAUUCGCACGUACGUGUGAAAUCAAUAUUCGUGCAAAGAAAUAGUAAAUAACGUCAGAAAGGUAGAUAUUUUUAGGAAAACUUAUUUAUUCAUUCAAUAAUGUCGGCCAUUUGUUCAGCUUGUAAAAAUUUAACAGCAAAGAGUUUUUAAUUUAAAGCUUGAUUUCAGUUAGAUCUCGUCAGCUACCUUGGCGUUGCACAUCAGCAAAGAGAUCGCAUGAAACAAAUAUUUGGACAUUUCUUCAGUACUGUAUAAGAAUCAAAUAUAUUUAUAAGCAUUUUAGCUAAAGAAUGUUUUCUAAGGUGAGUUGUCUUCAGUAUUCUAUAUAAAACUCGCCCGUGAAACGUAUUUUUCGAGUAAGGUGUAAAAAUCUCUCAGGCUAUGAUUGAUUGUCAUUUUCUGGUCAGGAUUGUCUACAAGUUUGCGUCGGGCAUUUUAUCAGCUGACAAACAGCUGACAAGCUUGUUGAAUGAUGCUUUUUGUGGUUGUUGUCAUUUUUCCACAGAUCUGCCUCAGCCCUGGUCGAAAAAAAGAAGAUCUGGUUAUAAGUCCUGCUGAUAAGAAAUUUCUUCAAAAAACCAAUGAUAUGAAAAUUCAUGAAAUACCGACAAGAGAGAAUGGAACAACAGAUCCGGAUCAUUCCUCGUCCUCCAAGUUUGACGAAUCCUGGCCCAGUACUGAGAGAGCAAUGGUAUCUACUCCUGAAGCAGAGAUUAAUAUCUCAGAGAUGUCAAAGACUCCCUCAAGUACAGGAAGCAAUCUCUUGCUCCAUCCACUCCCUGAUUCUACUUUAGCAAGGUUGGUGAUGUGAUUCACUGAAGGCCCUGUCUCAUGCUGUGAUCCCAGCACUUUUCACUGAUGCGAUUCUUGUAUGACGUGAUAGAACCUGUUUGGAAAUUCAUCUAUCCCUCCUCACUCCUUACUGCAAGGGAAGUUUCAUGGGAGAGACAUGAUUCCCCCCUUAAAAAUUAUUUACUAUUGACAUAGAUUUGUCGGGAAUCUAGUUAACAAGCACUGAUUGGUUGAUGUACAUAAUAACUAUUCUUUAAGCUUUUGUUUACAAAUGACAGACAAAAGAUCACAAAAGUGAAAAUAACAUACAAACAAUGAAAUCUUCUAAAAAACAGUUAUUAUAUUGGAGUGUACAGUGUAUUCCUCUUUAUUUGAGUUUUGUUGUUGCUGGUUCACAGAACUCAAAACUUUACGACCACAGACUAUCAGAAACUUAAGCUAAAAUAAAUUUUCAGCUGGAACUCUAUGACUACCAUUAAUUAUUAAUUACGUCAUGUCUCUCCCUCGAAAUGUGCCUAGCAGAGGGGAGUGACAGACUGUGGUAUUUCUAGGCUAGAACCACUAAGGAUGUAAAAAUCAUUAGCAGCUACAGUCAACUCCCUUUAUAGCAGACCCGGUGGGGAGCUUGGUUUAGUGUCUUCAUUAGCGAGUGUCCGUAAUAAUGGGAGUUUAUUUCAGUCAAACAUCUGUAAUUUAUUUUUUCCUGGGAUUUAGCUGCUGUCUGUAUUAUCAGGGUGUCCGUUAUAGCAGGUGACUGCAAGGCGAGAGUUCACUUUACUACCCUUGCUGUCUAUUUCCAGGCAGUACUUUACUUGGAGCCUACUGAAAUGCAAAAAGCUAAUUUAGAGUGUUUGGAUUUCAUUAUUUCAGAGAUAUGAACUCUGUAAAAUUUUCUCAAAGCACAGCCUUAUACCUUUACCUUUUUCUAGGUACAUACAUCGCUUUCGCAAUGCACCUCCUUCUAGUCGACAAGCUAGAGACAGGCAGUACACUGACAGUGGAAAAGGAGGUGAAUUUUGGUGGUUAUCAGAGCCCUCCCCUCCCACCAGCUCAACACCCAACGAAGGGACCCCUCCUGAGCGGCUCUUAGGCCCAUCCCCACGUCCUAGUCUCUCGCCAAAGCAGAAGAGGGCUGCAGCCAGGAGGGGUAAAGCUACAGUUUCUCCAAUAUCAGUGAGUAUCAUCAGGAUAUCAGGGUUGUCAUUUUAGACAACUCAGCUGUCUGCUUCAAAACUUUAUGACAACCCUGGAUAUUAGACAAGCCAAGAUGUAUUUAUGUGCCAUUAUCCUGUCUAUUUGAAUAAAGACCGUCACGUCACGUCUUUACAUUUUUAUUUCAGGCAUUGCAAAGUGGUUCCUCACCUUCCAAGUCAUCUCUUGAUGGUUUGGACCCCAAAACUGCAGAUUUACAACAACGGGCCCAAACUCUGCUUGAGAAGAGGUGAUUUUCAAGUAUACUUUAUUCUGUCGUUAGUUUAAGCAUUGUUGUGUCAUUUUUUAACUAAAUCAUACAUUAUCAAUGUUGCAGUGAGAGCACUCUCGAGACUUCGUCCAGUGAGGUUUACAGACCCACAAGAAAACCAAAACAGGGUCCUCUUUCGAGUAGGACUUGCACAGAAGUGCCAUCUCAGCAUGAACUCCCUGGAACUUCCAUGAGCGGCCAGUCAAGGCCACUGCAACCUCGCCCUGCGCCUCCCCCUGAGGAAGAUAUUUUGUAUCAGUGGAGACUGGCAAGGAAAAUGGAGAGGGCUCAAGAGAAGGUUAUGAAAUNUACACUGACAGUGGAAAAGGAGGUGAAUUUUGGUGGUUAUCAGAGCCCUCCCCUCCCACCAGCUCAACACCCAACGAAGGGACCCCUCCUGAGCGGCUCUUAGGCCCAUCCCCACGUCCUAGUCUCUCGCCAAAGCAGAAGAGGGCUGCAGCCAGGAGGGGUAAAGCUACAGUUUCUCCAAUAUCAGUGAGUAUCAUCAGGAUAUCAGGGUUGUCAUUUUAGACAACUCAGCUGUCUGCUUCAAAACUUUAUGACAACCCUGGAUAUUAGACAAGCCAAGAUGUAUUUAUGUGCCAUUAUCCUGUCUAUUUGAAUAAAGACCGUCACGUCACGUCUUUACAUUUUUAUUUCAGGCAUUGCAAAGUGGUUCCUCACCUUCCAAGUCAUCUCUUGAUGGUUUGGACCCCAAAACUGCAGAUUUACAACAACGGGCCCAAACUCUGCUUGAGAAGAGGUGAUUUUCAAGUAUACUUUAUUCUGUCGUUAGUUUAAGCAUUGUUGUGUCAUUUUUUAACUAAAUCAUACAUUAUCAAUGUUGCAGUGAGAGCACUCUCGAGACUUCGUCCAGUGAGGUUUACAGACCCACAAGAAAACCAAAACAGGGUCCUCUUUCGAGUAGGACUUGCACAGAAGUGCCAUCUCAGCAUGAACUCCCUGGAACUUCCAUGAGCGGCCAGUCAAGGCCACUGCAACCUCGCCCUGCGCCUCCCCCUGAGGAAGAUAUUUUGUAUCAGUGGAGACUGGCAAGGAAAAUGGAGAGGGCUCAAGAGAAGGUUAUGAAAUGGGGGCCCACUUGGAGCUCUACAGUGCACAGUCAACCCAACAUAGCUUCACAGACUACCCAGCCACACAUUUUGUCUAGUACAGAUAGAGUCCCACCCACAUUUUCCCAGAUAGGUGUUGGUUACCAAAGACCAGAACUGCAAUUACCAGCUCACCCAGUUGCUUCUAGAAUGCCAGUAAGGGCCACAGGUGCACCAACCAGGACACAAACAACUGUUGCAGCCAGUGGGGUAGUUAUGACUGACAAUGAAGUGUCUCCAGUGAUUUCUUCUCCAUCUGGAGUCACUACAAUGGCACAAGCGCCCACAUCAAGUGGUGAGGUUCCUUCUGUUGUCAUAGCAACCUCGAGUGGAACCCAUGAUGGAGUGCCAAGCAGGGAACAGUCACGUGUUGUAGCUGCAGACAGGACAGAAGACUUGGGACACAUGCAAGAACCUGUUAGAAUGGAGUGGGAGCAGUUUGUAUUAGCAGAUGUGCCAUCUCAUAUGCAUCUCUCAUGUGACAUUUUACCAUGUCCUCAUCAAAAAAGUCUAAUUGAAAAAGGAAGUUCUGAUUGUAGAAUCCCUUUAAGUUCUCCAGUAGUUGACUCAUGGGCAGAAGAAUCACACACUCAGGUGAGAGAUACUAACAGAGAACAUGAAAAAGAAAGCACAAAGACGAUGGAAUCAGGUGAUGACAGGCAAAAUUUUGGCCCGCCAAGAGCUAGACAAAAUGGUCUUGGGGACCAAACGAGUCACAGAAAAGUUGAACCACCCAAAUUACCUGGCAAAAGAUCUACAUCACCAGAGAUUACUGAACAAGAGAAACACAGAAGAAGAGAAGCUGGAAGGGAGAGGCCAAAAGCAAAGAGUGAGACGUCUCUAGGGCCUGGUCCUUCUGAUGUGCUACAUGCUGUUAUUGGACAGGUAGGCUGUUUUGCUUACUGUAGAUAACAAUUCAAGGUCCGUCUCUGUCCUGCAUAGGUUUAAUUGGGCCCUGCCUACAAACUGGCUCAAUGGAUUCUCCCUGUUGUCCGGGUGUCCUGUUGUCCUCGUUGUUGCUGUUGUAACUGUUGUCCUUGUUGUCGCUAUUGUCGUUUUUGUCCCAGUUGUCCCGGUGUUCCUGGUUGUUCCGGUUGUUCCUGUUGUCCUUGUUGUCCCUGUUGUCCUGGUUGUUCCGGUUGUCCUAGUUGUUCCGGUUGUUCCAGUUGUCCUGGUUGUUCCGGUUGUCCUAGUUGUUCCGGUUGUCCUGGUUGUUCCGGUUGUCCCUGUUGUCCUGGUUGUUCCGGUUGUCCCUCUUGUCCUGGUUGUCCCUGUUUUCCUGGUUGUUCCAGUUAUCCUGUUGUCCUUGUCGCUGUUGUCUCUGUUGGCAAAAGGUGGGGGCAGGAAUUAUUUACGCUUUCUCUGAAAAGACAGGACUUUCAAUACAGGGUUGUUUAGGAUUUGUGUCAGGCACUUGAUCAUUCCAAUCCCAGAAAAAAGUCUUACCUCUUUGUACGAUUUACAAUACAUCCUUGAUCGGUUUUGUAAUGUUUUUCACAGGUUGUGUCAGAACGCCUUUUUUGCACAAGCACUCCUCAUUCAUCUACCAGUAGUUUGAGUGGCAGCGAGGAGUUUCCUCAAAAGAUUGUAAGAGAACCCAAAAAAUCAUACCAUAUUCAUGGUAAGGCUGUGAUCGAAAUAAACAAGUGUCAACUCAUCAAGGAAGUCUCUAUAAGUCUGUAGGAGCGAGGUUUCGUAAUUUGAUACAGAAAAUUUGUUGUAGUAGAGCGUUUAUACCUCAACAAUUUUAAUUUCAUUUUCAGCCUUUUUCUCUUUUUCAUGCCGGGGCGUCUGUAACACCACUAGCAUCAAAACAUUGUGAUGUUCUUAAUCGCGGCGUCUCUGUAAUCCCGCUCGUGAUGUUGGAAAAGUACUUAGGACCAUCGUGGUGUGUGUUGUCAUGUGUCGAUGAUACCGGGUGGUUUUUCGUGUUACCGUGUUGCCGUAUUUUAAUAUAGUUCGUUAUACCGGGGUCUCCACAUAUGCCAGGGCGUCAUUAAUAUUGGGAUGUCCCCGAUACCCGACUGGAAAAUGGCGCCAAAAGCGUGAUCACGUGGUUUAUUACUGCUGCGCAAUUCCAGGUUGUAGUCGGUUGUAGUGUCUGCAAGUAAAGAGUUGAUUGUAUUAUUUUUUUUUAGCUUUAGAGGAUGAAAAUGCUGAUCUUUAUGGAAGUUCAGACAAUGAAUUCCCAGAUGACAAGUUGUUAAAGAUGUUACGUCAACGAGCAAGGAGAUACAGAGAACAACUGAGGUAACUCCGAUAUUGAUGAGGAAAAAAAACAGUUGGGAGCUUCUUUAAUCAACAACGACCGGCGCUUGUUCCCUCUCCUUCAAUUCGUCAGAUUGAAUCGUCAAGUAGAAUUCUAAAGUAUUGUAACAAAGUUUGUCGUCGUUACUUAAGCUCCCUAGUAUAUCUGCUGACCCUAUCAGUUUUCCCUCUCUGCGUGACCUAGCACUAUUGGCUUACUUCCGGGUACAUGGACAUAAGAAAAACCGGAAGCGUUUUCAAUGCAAAACCAAAUGAUUGAUAGCUCGCAUUGAGAUUUUCAUUGGAGAGUUUAUUGUUUGGAUGUUUUUGUUACAGAUUCACGCAUGUAAGUGUAACUGACGGAAAAUGAAUUCGGUACCAUGUUUAAUCUAAUGUAAACUAAGCCGAAAUGUUACAUUAAGGUUUCACUGCAUGAUAAUGUUAUUUUUUCUUUUUUUUCAGGCAAAUAGACAAUCUGUUAAACCAGCAUACUCCUAUAUCAAGCUCAUAG